AUGUCAAAGCGGGGAGCAGGCGAGCGGGACUUCACGCCAGCGCAAGGAAACAUGCGAAAGGCGCGUGUAGAAGUUCGCCGAGCCGAUGCUUUCCAGGUCCUCAUGGCUGCAGCUCGGGCUAGGAACAGCGCCGCUCAGCAGCAGGCCACAGCUGUGGCAGCCGCGACGGCGGCCGUGCUGGAUUACGAGGAAAGGGAGGACCGGGUCUUCUGCCUGGGCUGCCUGGAAGAUCAGCAGGUCCUUGGCGACGGUAUUGGUUUUGGGGUGCCGAACGCGCAUGAGCGGGGACUGAUCACCGAGGGAACAUGCCAUCACAACUUUGGUGAAAUAGCUUGCAACUGGAAAGGCCUCUCGCUUGAGACGCUGGCACAGCGCGGUGGCGCGUCUUUGAGAUCUUGCUUCUUUGGUUUGUGCCGUCGCAACGCAGCCAUCCAGGGUCCUGCAGCCAAUGUGUCAAAACAGUGA